UUUUUUUCCUGCCCAAAAUUCCUGCAUUGUCCCGUCAAAGUCUAUUCAAUAGAUUCAUGUCCUCCAUGUCCAAAUUGCGCUUCAAAUCAGACCGAGCGCUCAUCAACUCCAAAUUCGACGGUUACAAAUUGCAAGUAUUUCCCGAUGACACCAAUGUGCAUCGCUUUGCAUUACCCAAUGUACUUUCACUGCCAAAACUAGCUACCAAUAGCAAAAUGAGCUAUCGUGAAUUGCAAGCACGGGUCAAGUUCAACCACCUUUUCCCUUCGCAUAGGAAGGGAUUGACGUUCUAUGUGGACAGUAGUUACUCUGUUAUAGCAGUCGACUAUGAUGCAGCCUCAAACCGGGCUCGAUAUCACUCCAUUGUCCAGCUGCAGGCUCCACUUAGUGAUAUCCCAGCCUAUGCAGAACCAGAUUCAUCGAUGCCGUUAUUUCCACAGUAUCCUUCACUCAUAUCGAUCAGUUCUGACUCUCUGAUUGCAAGCAAUGGAAUGGGUAUCAUCUACUUGAUUCAACUGGGCAAUGAUGUAGGUGGCAACAUCACCGGCAAAAUUGUGUCGUUUGCUAGUUUUCCGGGAGACGGCACGGAAGGACUCUCUCCUGUCCCAUGUGUGCUACAGGCUGCUAGAUUGAAAGGGUCCGAAAUUGAUGUAAUCACUUGGAGCGUCGCCUCACAGCAAAAUGAAGUUCCUUCCCACCUAUCUGCAGAUGCACCUACUUCCAAAACUUUGUUUAACGUCACUUACCUCAAGUACCCAACCAAUGUGCCUAGCGAGGAUCACCAGUUAGUUCAAAUCAUUAUCCAGCACAUUCAACGUGGCAGAGAUAUACCGUUCUAUUGCGAAAUCGAUUCUGAGACAAGUGGGUAUGUGUUAGGCUCUUCUCAUGCAUACGACCUGGUGCAUACAAAUGAGGAUGUUACAAUGGCUGAGGAUCCUGAGCCAGAAUUUACGGUGGAUAGCAGCAAACCUUCAUCGCCGUACCGAUGGGUACAAAGCUCGGAUGACCUUACAAUCAUCUUUCAGUUACCACCAAAUACACCAAAGACAGCCAUCAGCUGCAGCUUCGAUGUACGCCACCUGAGUCUAAUGGUGCUAAACGGAGAUGAGCCAGUUAUUUCUAUGCCAUUCCGCAAGCUUUGGGAUAUUAUAGACUCUGAGAGCUCAACGUGGACUUUUGAAUCCUCCUCUGGACUGCUGACGAUCGAACUUGCAAAGAAGAAUGAAAAUGUACGAUGGCUCCAUGUAUUUGAGCAAGAUGAUAAUGUGCAUGAAGACCUUAGCCCAGAUCAGCUGGAAGAGAUCCGUACCCGCUUGGAGAAAUUCACAGGUGACGCUGAGAGCAAGCCUAUGGGGAUACCGGGAUGGUCUCAACCUCUACAACACCCAAUUGCAACGGAAAUGGACGAUGAUAUUGAUCACGACGGCCAAAACAUUUCGUUAUCAUGGAUUGAUGGAAACACUGGAAAAGUAACAGCAGAAGUUUCGGCUGGUGGACAGGAAUGGAUUUCUACAUCCUUUCCUCAACCUGCCGUCGACCGGUUUCCAACCAUUUGCUUGAAGAUGGAUGUUGAUGGACUUGUGUACUCCAUCGAACGAGCCGACCCAAUCACAGUGAACCACAUUGCUUCCUUUAACGCACUUGCCUUUGUCCAGGCUAGCAAACGAGACAAACGGUUUAUCUAUCACGAUCCACUCAAUACAUUUUCUAUCAUAUUGGAGGGAAGCCGAAACGCUUAUAUUUACUACCGCCAUGAAGAUGGCAAGCGACGAACCGACGUACAGACUCUAGUUGAUUUAACCCAAGGCCAUGAUAUUGAUGUGAUUGGCGCUCAGUUGAUUGAAGAAAAAGUAGUGAUAGUUCUCUUAGAAUCAUCCGUUGUAAUAUUAGACCUGAAUUAUUAAAAUGAAAUGGGAGUACAUUUUGUUUGUUUGAGAAACAAACUCCGCUAUCAGUAUGCCAAC